AUGUCAUUACCAUCCAGAUAUGCCCCAGAGGGUAUAAGUGAUAGGGAUGCACAUAGAACUAUCACAAGUGGUAAACCAAGACCAAAAAAACCGAUAAAUUUUACCAUAAGAACUAUUGAAACUAGAAUCAACAAUGCAGUAAAUCACCAACAUAAUCAACAUCAUCAAAAUCAUUAUGAUUAUCAACAUCAUCAUCACAAUAAUCAGUAUGAUAAUUUUAGGAACGGUGUAGACGAAGAUAUAGAAAUGGUUGGCAUGGAUGAUUAUAAAGAAGUAGAUGUGAUAUCUGAAUUUGUAAGUUUUACCAGAAAUUCAGGAGACCUCAUAUACAGUGAUGUAAUGGAAGGAAUAGAACAACAGGUCACUGACGUAGAAGUUAUAAAGGGGAAUAUAUCCUAUUUAAUACUAGAUACAAAUUUCAUUUUAUCUCAUUUAGAUAUAAUUAAUGAUUUGACAAAACUAUCCGAUGAAUAUGGUUUAAGGAUCAUCGUACCAAUAACUGUAAUUCAAGAACUUGAUGGUCUUAAAAAAUCAAACAGAUACGUUAGUGAUUCAGAAGAUCGAAUAUCUAGUAAGUCAGUUGGACAUUUAGCAAGAUGGGCUAAUGAUUGGAUAUUUUCAAUGUUUUCUAAGAAUAGCGCCAUUAUAAGGGGUCAAAAAUUACGUGAAAGACUUGAUAAAACUGCAUUACAAGAUGAUGCUAUUCUUGAUUGUUGUUUAUAUUGGAAACAAGAACAUCCAAAAUCAUUGAUUGUAUUAUUUUCAAAUGAUAAGAACUUCUGUAUGAAAGCUCUUGCUAAUGAUGUAUUGACGGUUAGUUAUAGAAAACAAAUGACAGCAGAAUUAGUUGCAAAAGUGAUUUACAAUGAGAAUGUAAAUAGAUUUGGUAAGAUAAAAGAGGAAACUGUACAUAGAACUAAGAUUAAAGUUCAUCAACCAGAAGUGGUUGUUCCUCAAGAACCUUCUGAUGAAUGGAAGGAUGCCACCAAACAAGUUCAAAAUUUCUCUUCCUUCGACGAAGUUGCUGAUCGUGUCCAUACUGAGAUACAAACAAUUACUCUUUCAGCUAUACAUCAUUGUAUGGAAAAUGAAUAUGGUGAAGAUUUAGAACUAUUAAGAGAGUAUGAUAGAGAUAGUGUUAUCACGCUUUAUGAUUGUGCUCAAGUAUUUAUAAGAUUUUGGUUUACUGUGUUUCAAACUUAUUUCAAAGCAUCAAUAGAUAAUUUCACUCCCUUUGAAGAAACAGGUAGAGGAAAGAAAUCAGUCAAAACUCCUAUUUUUGUUGAUAUCCCUAGAACUCCAGUGGAGUUGAAUGCAUUUAUUAAAUUUUGGUCUGCCAUUUUAACUACUAUAUAUCAAUCACAAAUGAGUGAAGUUGAAAUCAAAGCAUUAGAUCAUUUAAUAAAACGAUGGGAAAAUAUGUCAACUUUAUUCUAG